GCCGUGAAUGGGAAAUAAAAAAGUGAUGCGGGGUUUAUGGAACUAAAGCGACCGCUCUCUCGUCAACGUUGACACCAGCCCGGCAAUGAUGACCACGCUCCCGCCGGUCAUCAAGGGCACCCCUACUCUGGAUCCUCACGGUACCUUUAGCAUAACUGAGACGGAGAAACCAUGGAAUUACAGCGCUGCCAGUGCCUACAAUUUGAUGGAACUGCCCGCUCUCUCCACCUCGGUGGCAAUGGUUAGAGAUCUCCGCUACCCUUUCCCCACUGUGGACGUCCCAGACCAUGCCCACUACACUAUUGGCUCCGUCAUCCUAGGUGUGGGAAUCACUGGCAUGGUGGGCAACUUCCUGGUCAUUUACGCCUUCUGCAAGAGCAGAGGUCUGCGAACGCCUUCCAACAUGUUCAUCAUCAACCUGGCCAUCGCAGACUUCCUGAUGUGCAUCACGCAGACGCCCACCUUCUUCGUCAACAGCAUGCACAAGCGCUGGGUCUUUGGGGAGAAAGCCUGUGAGUUCUAUGCGUUCUGUGGGGCUCUGUUCGGGAUUUGCUCCAUGAUUACACUCACAGUCAUCGCAGUGGACCGCUACUUUGUGAUCACCCGACCGCUGGCGUCCAUUGGGAAGAUGUCCCGCAAACGAUCCCUGCUCAUCCUGGCAGCAGCCUGGAUUUACUCCAUGUUGUGGAGUCUGCCUCCUUUCUUUGGAUGGAGUGCCUAUGUCCCGGAGGGCCUGAUGACCUCCUGUUCGUGGGACUACACGACCUUCACUCCAUCAGUGAGGGCCUACACCAUGCUCCUCUUCACCUUCGUCUUCUUCAUCCCCCUCUUCAUCAUCAUGUACUGCUACUUCUUCAUCUUCCGCGCCAUCCGCAACACCAACAGGGCGGUGGGAAAAAUCAAUGGGGAGAGCACGAGAGACUCCGUGAGGAGGUCCAACCACAUGCAGAACGAGUGGAAGAUGGCGAAGGUGGCCCUCAUCGUCAUCCUCCUGUAUGUCAUCUCCUGGUCACCAUACUCGUGUGUGGCACUCACUGCCUUUGCUGGCUAUGCAGACAAACUCACACCAUACAUUCAUUCUGUUCCGGCUGUGAUUGCCAAGGCCUCUGCCAUCCACAACCCCAUAAUCUACGCCAUCACACAUCCUAAGUACAGGUCAGCCCUCGCUAAGUACAUCCCAUGGCUGGGAGUGAUCAUGUGUGUCCCGCGCCGAGAUCGCUUCACCAGCAGCAGCUUCAUGUCCACCCGCCGCUCCACUGUCACUAGCCAGUCAUCCGAGAACAGCACCUACCACCGCACCGUCAAGCCCUGCCUCUCCUCCGUGUCCGACAGCGAGUCGGGGUGGACAGACUUGGACGGAGACGUCUCCAGUGUGGGCUCUCGGCCCGUCAGUCGGCAGAUGUCCUGCGAUGUGCCGAGACGGGACACUGCAGAGCUGGUCAACCUGAGGCCCACCAGCUCGCUCAAGGUCAAAGUGCACCGGCUUGACUCCGGCACCACUGACAAGAAGUCGGGCCAAAGCCCAGCAGAAGCGGGCCGCAGCCGGUCUCAGCAGAUCAGGACCCUGACGGAUGCAGACGCCGUCUCCCUGACUGACGUCACCGUAGCCUGCCGCCUACCCUCACUGCCAUGCACAGUCAUGGACCAUUCGAGCCAAAUACCUUCCAUCAUUGUCACUUCAGAAUCCAGCCCUACCUUGACCUCAACCAGUCUCCGUGGCAACCAAGCUGGAAAGAGUGCUCCAUCCAGUGUGGCGGAGCCUGCUGGUGCCCCUGAGCUCGCCACUUCCUCCCCAACUCCCCCACUGCCUUAAGACUCUGACUUAAACUCCACACGCUUUUUCUCUCUGUGCUAAAGUCCAAAUAAGGCUUUCUCAACAAGAAACAUGCACUGUUCGUAAUCCCAUCAUUUUACCCGACUUUGGUACUAGUUGUCAUCGUGCACCUUCACUCGUCUGCCUCGUCUGUGACAUUUCCACAUCAUCGUUGUUUUUGAUGUAAUUAUGCACAUGUUCUGUUUUAUCUGUGAAGCCGGACUGUGAGGGCUUCACGGCAAAGCUGCAGAGCAUGCACAUGCAGAAGUGUGUGGUGGCUCUUCUCCCGCAUGGCUCAUGCUGCUUCACAGCUGGACGGGUGCGCUAGGGGGCGCAACAUUCUAAAGGGUGAUGGAGGGGUUGGACCUGUGAGGUUGCGAUGGCCGCCAGGUCCUGGCAUGGUGCGGAGCGGUCAAACGCUGCAGCAUUAAAGAGCAGAUAGAGUGGCAGCACUGUAGAGGAUCACACCAGCCCCAGAGAGGAAGGCUGCAGCAAGAACAGCAUAAUGACUGCCCUGAGAGAAAUUCAUUUUUUUUCAAGGUAGUGUAAGUGGUAAAAUAUGAGAAUAUAAUUUAACUUUUUAGUUUGAUGAAUUUCAGAGGUUAGAGUGCUUGGGGCCUUGAAGGAAAUGGUCAGGAGUUAAGGAACUACUGAGAUUUUAUUCUCUCAGGUGUAUGGAAAAUACACACUGUAUUCAAGGUAAAACUAAAAAAUUAAAAAAUAGUGUGUGUGUGUAUUAAAGGCACUCUAAGCUAUGUAACGUGGUUUCUAAGCUAAAACAUUUUUUGUCACAUACAGCUAACAUCACCUCACCAUCCGCUAGCUGCCUGUGCCCUGAAUUCACAAAAAAUGCUGUCUCUGCAGACAGCCCAGGCUCCAAAAACGGCAACAAAAACAACCUGCACCAACCUGGACCAUAACAAACUGU